GUAAGCCUACUACUGCUACUUUUUUACAAUUAAUGCAGAGGUGUGUGAUAGAAAUAGUGAUAGGUAGAAAGAACCAAAGCAGAUUUACACGCUAUAAACUAAAUUCUCACAUCAUAUAGUCGGUGUGGCUAAGCAUCUCAAUUUAUGCACGGCGGGGAAGGUCCUGUUAAAGAUGGAAAAGUUCAAGGCAACUCACUCUACAUCGGGUACCUCCGCUAGUUCUCUAUAAACUCACAGUAGUUUUAAUUUUCACUGACAUAUCUUGAGCCCUGAAUAACACAUUUUCUCAAUGUGGUGCCUUUCUCGUUAAAAGUAGAGUUUUAUCAUAAGUAUUUUGUGAAAACUUUCCUAAGUCUUAUCCGUUUUCCGAAGGAAAAGGAAGUUUGAGGUAUAAAGUUAUAUACGAGGAUUUUUGUGGUUUGCAGAGAGUUUUUUGUAAGUAGCUGUAAACUUUCGGAGUGAAAUUGCGAUUGGCCAAUUUCAAUAUAAAUUUGGUAUUUACAGUUCCUGAAUGGACUAGUAACAGACAGUGCAUUAUUGAUCUGAUGUUGUUGGACACAAGUUUUAAAAAUGAUUACGAUAUUUUAUUAGAUGUUCUAUGUUAUAGUCCAACAGUUCAAUAGGAAGUUUUUACAUUUUUGCUUCGUAGAAGCAAUGCUGAAAGCUUCUUUUACUAUUAAGGGGUUUAUAAGAAAUUUUGGACAGUAGAUGGAUCGGUACAGUUUUGAGCAGGCGGCAUUCUCUUCUAUUUCGUUUUCAAAAAAGUUUUCUCCUCAGAUUUGCAGCCAAAAACUAAAGAAAAAAAGAGUCGUUACAAGAGCUUUUUCGGCGACGCUUCACAUUUUUACAUUUUUUCUCACUUAAACUCAAUUACAAAUUAUAUGUUCUCAAUUAUAUUUUCUAUGUUCUUUGACGUUCAAACUUUGCUCUUUCCAACGGAAAAAUAAAUUAAAUCGCCAACUUAUCAGGAACACGCAGAAACAAUGCUUCAUAUUUUUGCAUAGACUUUUGCAUUACAUGUUAUAUUAUUCAUUUGGUAUUUAGGAAGAUGAACAACUGAAUAAAAAACGCCAAUUAAUUUCACUUCAUACUGUAUUUGAUAAAUUAAAGACAAAAGAUUCAAUUGAGUAUACAACUUAUCAACAGUUAAUGGAAUCUAUAAAAGCAAAUAUUACAGAUGAAAUCGUACAAGUUUAUUGGAAAACUCUCGGUGAUAAACAAGACAAUAACAUAAAUAUUGAUCAGUUGAAUGAACUAAUCUUUAACUUAAAUUUUUCCAUUCAGCAACGUAAAUCAACCGAGCCUUGGCUUCAACAAACAUUUCCAAAUUUUUAUAAUUCUAAACCGAGUCAAAUUCUUAUUAUGUGUGUCAAUACAAUGCUUUUUCGUAUGAUAAUUAAUUUAUUAAUUGUUGGUAAUGCCGUUUGUUUGGCUGUUAGUUAUAAUAAACUAGAAUGGUUUUUUCUAUCGGCAUUUGGCGUUGAAGUCUUGUUAAAAAUGUAUGCCAUGGGUUCAAAAAAUUAUUUUCAACAAAAAUGGAAUAUAUUUGAUUUUUUAAUUGUUACUGUGUCAAUAACAUAUUCAAUAUUUACAUCAGCAAUCCAUGGACUUGAAUUAAAUACCGAUCUACUAGAUGCUAUACUCGUUAUUCGAGUUUUAAGAUUAGUUAAACUCGUGGGAAAUAUUGAAAGUUCUGUAAAGAAAUUAUAG